AUGGCUUUCUCAUCAUCUUCUGACCUUUUACUAGGCAACAACAACAAGGCAGCAGCACGAAUACUGAGUGUCGUGUUAUGUUGUUGUUUAGUAUCCACAACCGAGUCAUUGGUGGUCUCUCAUCAUCAUCAUCAACAACAACAGCCUUCAAGAAUUGGUUCUUCUAGAGCAGCCGCAUUCUCCAAGGCUACUACCAUUCUAUAUUCAUCGUCGUCGUCGUCGUCAUCUUCCAACAAUGACAAUAAUGAUAGUAACAACAACAACAACAACAACAAGCACAAUGAUAAAAUCCUCGCUCAAGAACUCAAGGCCCGUCAAGAGGCAUUGAAUUACGAAGAAUUCAUUAUGGAACAAAAAUGGAGAAAUGCCGAUUGUCAAUCCAAGGUCUCGGUGCGUCUAGAGGCGGACUAUUGCCGGAGGUUGGCUGUGGAAUAUCCACUGGCCGCGAUUGGAAGCACGUCCGGGGCCAUUUAUGUCACUCACUUGGAAACGGGACAAGUUCUGGCGGCGUCCUCGGACAGUGAUAUACUCCAAACGACCACCCAAUCGAUUGACGAUUGCAUUCAGCUCGAGCGAUUACGUGCUUUGUUACAUUAUGGACAUGGUCCAAUUGGUACUAUGGCCAUUGCGUUUUCGGGCGAUCUCAUUUGUGCUUCCAAUCCCAGGGAAGAUCUGGGCGUCCAAGUUUGGCGAUGGAACCAUAAUGACAUGGAUACGACUACUACUACUAGUACUACUAGUAGUAGUAGUGUUGGAUCAUCACCAUCAGCAUCAUCACCCCCAUCCCAACUGCUAUUUCAAGGAAGCAUGAACAGUGGACUACUCCAAGACAAGAUUGUAACGUGCCUCGCUAUUGAAGAGGAUUACCUUUGGGUCGGUACGGCCUGUGGGUCGUUAAUGGUGUAUUCCACACUGGAAGAUGGUGGCGACACCUUGCCAUUGACGCUUCAGACGGAACCUGAGUUUCAAUGGCAGUUUUCCGAUAGUAUCUUGUCGCUGAGUUUGGACCCAUUUCUGGGGCACGGCCUAGUGACAACUUCUGGGGGGUCGGUCGAACUCAUUUCGCUGGAAGAAGAGGAUGGCAAGGUUGUCUGUACGUUGACUCCACCACUCAAUGGAGGAGAAAAUGUCAUUAGUUGCCUGCUGGCACGCAUUACCGACACCAAAUAUGCCAUUGUCUGUGGGGGUGGUGAUGGUACCAUUUGGACGCAGGCUUUGAAAAUGGAUUCCUAUGGUGACAUUUCGCAAGACGAACCGGUGACCGGACCCCUCAUCAAGUUUCGACCACCUCACGCGGCUCCAGUCAAGUGUUUGGCCAAUCCAAUUCCGGGAUUUCUAGUUUCGGGAGGCUUGGAUGGGAGCUUGAGGGUAUGGGAUUUGGAAGAACGAGAAUCUCUGUAUCAAUUUGUGGGUUACAAGAUAUGGAUGGGGUCGAUUUGGACAGAUGGAUACCGACUGGCCACGGAUGGGUCCGACAAUGGGAUCACUAUCCAUAAUUUUGUACGUGACGAUGACGCGGAAGACAUCUAA